GGAUGUGAAUUGACAGCUGUAGUUGCUCCGGCCCGACAACAGCGUUUCGAUCAAUUGAUGGAUUAGCGGGCGUAGAUAUUUAUAUAUAAGCUAAUGGAGGACCUUGUGCUGGUGUUUGGUCUUCCCGAUGGUGUUUCUAUCUAGAUUCUCAGUGACGUAAUAAUGGCGAACCUUCAGACAUAUCUACAGGAGCUUGAGAGGGACUUUACGGUUGAUACCGCUAAGCUCAAGCAUAUCACUAACCACUUUAUCGAUGAGUUGGAUAAAGGAUUGAGUGUCAAGGGCGGCAGCAUCCCUAUGAACCCAACAUGGGUAAUGCAACAACCAACCGGUAACGAAACAGGAAAAUAUCUCGUCCUAGAUCUAGGCGGCACAAACCUCAGAGUAUUCUCCGUCGAACUGACGGAAGAAAAGUCUGGCUUCAAAGUCAACCAGGUCACGCACAGACUCCCCAAAGAACUGAGGACAGGACCUGCUGAAAGGCUUUGGGAUUUUGUCGCUGGACAUCUCGAGGAAUUCCUCAAAACAGCUGAUUUUGAAUCUGGAACAAACACCGACUUGAGCUUUAUUUUCUCUUUCCCUACAACGCAGCGAACUAUUGACGAGGGUAUUCUUCAGAGGUGGACAAAGGGCUUUGAUGUUGCUGACUGUGAAGGUCGCGAUGUGGCGGCGUCCUUGAGACAUGCUAUCGCGAAAAGGAAACUCCCUCUCAAGGUCCGAGUCGUAACGAACGACACAACCGCCACGAUGAUAGCCUCAGCAUACAUCAACCCCGAGACCGCAAUUGGCUGCGUUUUCGGCACGGGCUGCAACGGCGCCUACUUCGAACGAUGCCAAUCCAUUCCCAAGCUCGACAUGGAAGGACUUCCCGCUGAAGCUCUCAUGGCGAUUAAUUGCGAAUGGGGCGCUUUUGACAACGAGCAUGUUGUCUUGCCUCUGACGUCAUUUGAUAUCGCUAUUGAUGAUGCAUCGCCGAGGAAGGGGCAGCAGGCGUUUGAGAAGAUGGUGGCGGGGUUGUAUCUUGGGGAGUUGUUUCGGUUGAUUAUGCUUGAUGUUAAGAAGAGGGAUGAUACGUUUUGGGAGGGACAGAGUCUGGAGAAGAUGCAGGAGCCUUAUUUUAUGGAUUCAUCGUUUUUGUCGACGAUUGAAGAGGAUGCGUCGGAGGAUUUCAAGGUAUCACAUGACCUCUCUGUAUCGAAGCUCGGAGUAUCUCCAAAUCUUCAAGAGCUCGAGUUCAUGAGGAGCGUCGCGACGCUGAUAACAACCCGCGCGGCGCGUCUUUCAUCAACAGGCGUAGCAGCGAUAUGCUUGAAGAGGAACCUAAAGACAUGUCAUGUUGGCGUUGAGGGAUCCUUGUUUGAGAAACAUCCUCAUUUCAAACGGGAGCUAUCCAAAGCGUUAGGUGAGAUUCUCGGCUGGGAGAACUCGUCGCCCAGUGGCAAGGAUGAUGUGGAGUUUUUGCUUUCGCCUGGAAGUGGUGUUGGUGCAGCUGUCAUUGCGUCAACCCUUACUAGAAGCAAGCAUGAAAUUUAAAAUGCAUUGCAAGCUGGAGAUUAAUGUAGGAAUGAGUCUAUAAUCUGCAUUGAUAGAGAUGAGAGAAAUUGCAAAGAUGCACAGGUUGAGCUCUUGUCUAGGGUACUAAUAGUGUGAAUGGCAGUAAAGAAAACCACUCGCCUACUGGAAGGACAGAUACAGCUAGCUGGUGGCAAUAAUUGAGCUAGCUUGGGUGUGGGGCAAGGGCGAGGGUAUGUUGAUGCGCUCCAACAGUCCCUAUCAUACUGAGCUUUACUCCCUGCACCAACACUACCUUGCAUUCACUGCAUUUCCAACC